AUGCUUCGAUGUUAUGCCGUGCGCACUAUCGUGCCUGAGACUCGUGCGCGCACUGGCGCAGCUGCAAUUCGUGGAUAUCGUAAUGCACGAUCGUCAAACCCAUAUCCAACACAGGACCAGCAGAGUUCAGAUUCUACCACACGAUCUCUUAGCCACGUCUCGCCUCGGAGCGGAGCGGUGUCCAUGGGCAGUAAGCCUGAUGUUACAAAAGCCAGGGCAGGCAUGUGGCAGACUGCGCGGCGUGCUGCUCCCCGGUUACUAUCUGUCGAUUCGGCGGCGUUACUCGAGCGGCUAUUGCUCUCCGGCACCACGUCGAAGCUUCGUCAUGUAGACAACGCCAAGCCGCGCACACCAAGCAAUCGCAGAUCACCAAGUUCAGCCCACACAACGUUAAAGCGCUCUGUACCACCCCCUUUGAUCCCAUAUUGGGGGAAACCAUACCUCGCCGAAAAGUUGCUUAUUAAAUACAAAACGCCUGACGUAGCAUUUCAGGCCUUGAAUGUUCUUUAUGAUCAUGCCAAAACGACGUCGUGGGACAGACAAGGCUGGCUUGCGCGCAACAACUGGCAGAACGCCGAUGAAAUUUUCAAAGAGAUUUCUUGCCAAACUGAAGACUACGUUUUCUAUCGGUUUCUAGGAGGAAAGCUGCAUGAAGCUGCAUAUGAGCGAGCGCAGGGCGCCACAAAGCUCAUCACCUUAGAUACAUUGCGUCGUUAUACGUCUGGUUUGUCCGUGGACGUAAAGAUGCGCCCAUUUCUUGAGCAGUCUCGAUUUUUUGACUGGUUGGCUUGGACGGUUACCUCUUCCCCUUACUCAGGAUUGCGGGCCUUAGGGCCGCAGUUGCGCGUUUUGUCUGGAGAAACACACCUGAUUGUCAAGAACUUGGCACGUUUUAGAGCCAUUGUGAGCAGUCCUGACAGCUACGAGAAACGAUAUGAGAUGGCCAAGCGCCGUCUCGCUGGAGAGUGCGAAGAUCUUCACCGCAGCACAUCAGAGCUGUGGGCCGUUCUUGCCGAGUUCUUCAAUUUGCUCAAAGCAGCCAAUACAUACGACAAUCGUAGGCCAUUUUACACAUUCAACGCCACUCUCAAAAGUUUCAAGAGAGAAGCGAUAGGCAUUACAGACGACCUGUUCAUGAUUGGAAUGAGACGACACGGAUCUAAAAGAUGUUGCCGAGAGAACACUUUCAACGCUCUACAUCAUCAUAUCAAGCUGCUGGGCGGCUCGUUACGUCAAUCAGUAAGAAGCAUCCAACGCUCCUACUACGACAUUUGUUUCGACGCCGUCAACCGAUCCCGCAUAAGUUCCAGGUUCAUCCCUGUCCUUGCACAUAAGGGAUCUAUCAGACGAUUACUGAACGACUUACUCUUGAACAAUCGACGCAUGGUAAACAUAUACUACGAGUCACUCCUGCACUUCUGGAUGCGGCACGUCGAGCUCAUGUCACCGUCGGAGCUCGAACGUCAAGACAGAGUAGCACAGCGCCAUUGGCUGGCACAGCUGAGAUCUGAUGAUACGCACGUGUCACGAGAGAUAGAACUCAACAACCUGUACCUUCCCAUACGUCGAUCUCGUCAAAAACUCGCUCAUUUUCCAGGAUGGAGUCGUGAUUCAGCAAGUCCUGGCGCUUGGUCUUCGUCCAGAUAUCGAGUGACAAUACAUGAGGAGGCUAUCAAAGCUAUUGAAAGAUUGGAGCAGAUAUCUCCAUCGCAAUCCCAGAAUAAUUCGCAAGUCCUGCGUAGGCUCCUGAACCUAGAUGGCAAAUCUACGUCCAGCUCCAAAGGUGUACCGCUCCGAUCAAAGCCUCCAUCUACUACCCGUGGCAGAAAAACAAGGGGUCAGAGUCCAGAGAGACACCCUGAAAACUUCGGUUCCCGCUCUCUUAGCCUGCUACACCCUGAGCAUAAACAGCGUGGGCGGCGUGCAGCAGGUGCAAGUCAUAGUCGGAAGUAG